GGAGAAAGAAAAAUUUAAAAAAAAAAUUAAAAAAUCUAAAAAUAAUGCAAAAAAUUUAAGAAAAAAGAAUAGAAUUUGUAGAAAGAAACUAAUAUUACUUAAGAAAUCAACAAAACAGCCCUUUAAAAUAAAUUCCGGCAUUAUACGGUUAUAUUUUCUUGGUAACCUAGUUUGCACCAUCCGAACUGAUUUUUGCAAACAAUUGAAAAAUUAUAAGAAGAAGAUUAGAAAGAUUAAAAAAUCUAGAAAGAAGGCUAAUGAGAGAAGGGCUAUGACUAAAGAGAAGCUUCCACUUUUGAAAGACACUACAAAGCAAUUUUUAAAUCUUCCCGGGGAAAUAAAACUUGAUAUUCUCAAAUUUCUUAAGUUUAAUCAACUAUUAUCUCUCCAACAAACUAAUUAUUACUUUUAUUGUUUGAUUAGACAAAAUGAGGGAAUAUUAGCAUGCAGAAGAUUGUAUGCAGUUAAACCUAUUAUGGACAAUUCAAAGGACCUUAGUGAACAAGAUUUUUUCAAAAUUGAAUCUGGAAUUUUUAAUAUUUUAUUAAAUGAUCAACUUGUGGAAAGGUGGCAAUCUGCUGUAGAUAGCCGCAUACCUGUUUAUUUAAGUUUGUGUGAUACUCCUCCAAACAACAAACUUUAUACAAGGGUGGAUAUGAGUGAGGUGGAAGGUUUGUAUUAA